GAUUUAUCGGCUGCAUGGCGGGCGAAGGUGGCUCGGACGGGCCGAAGCGCGAUGAGUAUGGAGAUCUCUUUGAAGACUAUGGCUUCCUAAAGCGGGCUGAAGCCCGCAAGGAAGCGGGCAACGAGGCCUUUGGCAAGGAGCGCUUCGAGAAGGCGCUCGCCGAGUAUGACGAUGCUCUGGAGCAGCUGCUCACCGUGGCGUACGACAAGUCCAUCGUCGUGGGCAAGAGAAAAUGGAACGACGUCGUUGUAAUGAGAAGCACCCUCCACCUCAACAAGAGCACUUGCUUCUACAAGAUGAAGGAUUGGCAGCAAUCCCUUGAUUCAGCGCUGGAGUGCCUGGUGGGAAAUCACCGGGAUGAAAUGCUCUUCACGGAUCCGCAUAUCCGGCACAAGAUCAAGGAGUCAGAGCGAAAGUCUGGGCAUUCCGGCGUGAACCUUGUGGAGUUUCGAUUGCCUCGCACGACGCGAGCAAAAGCAUGGUUUCGUGCUUCGCAGUGCUAUGGUCAUUUAGAUUUCCUGGACAAAGCGAAGGAUGCUCUAGCCAAGGCGCUGGAAGCGUGCGACGACCAGGGAAUGAUCGCUGAAAUCUCCCAGCAUUCCUUGCGCCUGGAUACCUUGGAGCGACUUCAGAAAGACAAGCAAAAGAAACAGUUUGCCGGCUUCUGGGACAAGUUCCAGGACCGAGGCGGAUACUCAGAGUCUGGAAAGCAAGAGACGCAGGAUUGGGACAAACUGAAGUACUGGGAGAGAUUCAAGCACGUGGAAGAUUACGAAGAAAUGUAUAUGUAUGUCGACCAAGAGCAGCAGCAACAACAGGACCCCAAGAAAGGAUAUGCAGCAGAGUUGCUGCAUCAUCUCCCUCCUGGCGCAAAGUGGGACUCCGCAGUGAAGGGGCUCACGAAGAAGAUGUACAGGAACAUUGACAAAAGCUUUGAGGAGUACCUCCAGAAGAAGGGCGCGGGUGCUGAGGAGGUUGGGCAAGCAAUGCCUGAAGAGGGCCACUCUCCGCGCAUAGAGCUGCCGCCUGAAACCAAAGACGUGGUGCCGCCUAGACCGCGACGGAAGGAAGAGGUGAAGUUGGCCUACUCGCCCCGCGGGGGCCGCCCGGGCGCUCGAACUCGAGCUGCUCGGUCUCCUUCGCCAGCUCCAAAUCCCCGAGAUGAAUAUGCCCGACACUACAAGAGCCAUGCCAAGCAAGAGAAGGCUUGGAUGGACAAAGCUGCAGCUGAGGCCUUGGACUCCGAGGAAGAGCAGGAGUUACAGGAGGCAAGAGACCGAAUGGCAAUGCAGCGUUGGGAGCGCCUGAACAAGGAGCGCAAGGCAUGGCUCGAGGCACUGGAUGACGAUGACUGA